GGUUCUCUAAGGGGCUCUCGCUCGGCGCGGCCAUGGAGGCGGACGGGAGCCAGGCUACCUCGGGGAGCCCCGGAGAGGCGCAGCACGACCCCGGCAAGAUGUUCAUCGGCGGCCUCAGCUGGCAAACCUCACCAGACAGCCUUAGAGACUAUUUUAGCAAAUUCGGAGAAAUUAGGGAGUGUAUGGUCAUGCGGGACCCCACCACCAAGCGCUCCAGAGGCUUCGGGUUCGUUACGUUCGCGGAUCCGGCGAGUGUAGACAAAGUCCUGGCUCAGCCGCACCACGAGCUGGACUCCAAGACGAUUGACCCUAAAGUUGCGUUUCCCCGACGAGCACAGCCCAAGAUGGUCACAAGAACAAAGAAAAUAUUUGUAGGUGGAUUAUCAGCUAAUACAGUAGUGGAAGACGUGAAGCAAUACUUUGAACAGUUUGGCAAGGUAGAGGAUGCCAUGCUAAUGUUUGACAAGACGACCAACAGGCAUAGAGGAUUUGGUUUCGUAACUUUUGAAAACGAAGACGUGGUGGAAAAAGUCUGUGAAAUUCAUUUCCACGAAAUCAAUAAUAAAAUGGUAGAAUGUAAGAAAGCACAACCUAAAGAAGUGAUGUUUCCACCAGGGACGAGAGGAAGGGCACGUGGAUUGCCGUACACCAUGGACGCUUUCAUGCUAGGGAUGGGAAUGUUGGGUUACCCGAAUUUUGUUGCAACGUAUGGCCGAGGAUAUCCUGGAUUUGCCCCAAGUUACAGUUAUCAGUUCCCAGACUAUUUGCCGAUUUCACAAGACAUAAUUUUUAUCAACUAGUUCUUAAAGAUGCAUAACAAAUUAAUCGGGGUUUACUACAGUGCUAAUGAGAGAGAGACAGAGAAAGCCUGGGUGGUCCAUGUUUAAUAUCAAUGUCCACUGAAAAAUUGCUGCUCUUACUGGCUGGUUUGAUUGACUGGACUUUUUAUUUUAUUUUUAUUUUUUUAAUGGCUCCAUAUCCUCACUGCUUUGAGUUUGCUUUUUUAUUUUUUAUUUUUAAUAUUUUUUUUUUCCUCUGCUUUGUUAUGAGUUUUUAAUGCCCACUUGGAAUGUAACUCACAAAGGAUGGGGUCAGGGGCGUUCCGAAGGCAUGACUUCUCACAAACUUUUUAGAAAUGGUUUUAUCAGCGAAGCAAGAAGGAUGAUUGGGUCGAUUCGGUCUCACAGACAGCCCCAAAGAGAGUGACUGGCGCUUUUUAACGUGGUGACGUCCAGCAGUAGCACAGAUCCCACCCAGGGGGAGUCUCCUGUCCCUGGGACCCUGGCAGCGCAGGGCUGCGUGACCCCGCGGUGUCACAGCCCCACACGUGUCCCUCUCCCUUCCCUCUGGCCUGGGGGCUCUUUGGGAGCUGCCGCUGCCACAGCAGGGUGGGAUGGCAUCGAGAGAGGGGCUCAGCUGCUGCCCCCCACAGCAGUUGCUGCCCCGCUCCCGGAGCCAGCGGGGCUGCAGCACCCCGGGCCGGUGGAGGCGUCCGUGCAGCGCAGGGCUGGCCCUGGAUGGGCUUUGAGGUCCCUUCCAACCCAAACCGUUCUGGGUUUCUCUGAUUCUUUGAUCCCGACUCUGACCAGUGAUGGUCCUGCACGCUCCCUGCAGCCGCUUCUCCUUCCAAACUUUGCUUGCAAAUCAGGGGCAAAUUUCCUAAAUUGUGGCCAAGCUUUCCCUGCUUAAGCUGCAUCGCAUCGCGCCUCUUCAUCUCCUCCCGCGUGGCAGGAGAGCUGCAAACCUCCAUCCAUUGGCUUUAACAGGACCAGAUUCUGGACUUUUGGGUAGAAAACACACACUGUGUUUCAAUUUUGCUGUUCCUCAAGUGUUGCUACCCGUUUGAUAAGUUUGUGAGAAGUACGUUGCAUGCUUACAGUAGGACUGUAAUGCAUUUUAAUGUUUGUUAAUCCACUUGUUUAAAAUGUUGGUGUCAAAGGCUCUACAAUCCAUGGCUGUGCUGUUCAUUUCAUUAAAGAUGCUUGAUGUAAUACUUGGGUAGUUUUCUUUUGACUUUUCUGCAGGCAAUAGCUUUUUUUAAUCUGUAUGGCUUCUUAUUAUUUUGUUUGGGGUUUUUUGCUAUG